GACAAUGGAGGUUGAGUAACUUCUUCCUAACCUUCACGCCAUUGCUCCGCCUCUGUUUUCAACAAAAUAUUUGCAUUUUCAAAUUACUUGACUCAGGGGCACGUAGAGAUAGACGCCAUGGUUUCUUCUCGUGGUCUAACUACUAAGCAACCACUUUUUUCUUUUGGAUUGAUUUCUGAUGUCCAAUAUGCUGAUAUUCCUGAUGGUCGCUCAUUCCUUGGUGUUCCACGAUAUUAUAGGCACAGUAUUCUUGUGUUGCAGAGAGCAGUUAAAGAAUGGAAUACUCAUCAGAAGCAUAUGUUUGUGAUUAAUUUUGGAGAUAUUGUUGAUGGGUUUUGUCCCAAAGAUCAAUCUCUUGGUACUGUACAGAAAGUUGUGGACGAAUUUGAGAAGUUCAAGGGGGGACCUGUGUAUCAUAUGAUUGGAAAUCACUGCCUAUACAAUCUCCCUCGCAGCCAGUUGCUUCCGUUAUUGAAGAUCCAAAGUCUUGAUGGCCGUGCAUACUAUGAUUUUUCACCGGUGCCUGAAUAUAGAUUUGUAGUUCUGGAUGCCUAUGACAUCAGUGCCAUUGGUUGGCCACAAGAUCAUCCCAAAACAUUGGAGGCCAUGAAAAUCCUUCGGGAGAAGAAUCCAAAUGAAAAUAUGAACAGUCCAGAUAAUUUGGAGGGGCCUGAAAGAAGGUUUCUCAUGUUUAAUGGGGGUCUUGGAAAGGAACAGAUGGAAUGGUUGGAUGGAGUUCUCCUGGAUGCGACAAUAUUGAAUCAGAAGGUGAUUGUCUGUUGCCAUUUGCCUCUGGAUACUGGUGCGGCAAAUUUGGAUACACUGUUGUGGAAUUAUGAUGAAGUAAUGAAUUUGAUACACAGAUACAAUUGCGUUAAGGCCUGUCUCGCAGGGCAUGAUCAUAUAGGUGGAUACUCCAUUGAUUCUCAUGGGAUACACCAUAGAGUUUUUGAGGCUGCUUUGGAAUGUCCUCCUGGUACGAGUGCAUUUGGAUACAUUGAAGUCUACGACGACAGGAUAUCACUAAUCGGAACUGACAGAAUGGAAAGUACAGACAUGCAUUUUAGCCCCCGAAGUUAAUUUGUGUUAGAGGAUGUGAUCUUAUUUAUAAAAAUUCCUAUUAUCUUUUAUUAACAAUUGAUAGAGUACGUGUGGUCUUAUUCUAUUCUUACCAAGAGAAAGUUUGUAUUUAAAGUUUGAAUAUUGGUACAGAUAAAUUGCAAGUUCAUGAAUUAGGUUUUAUGUAUUUAA